AGCCAAUCAUCAAUUAAACAUUACUCUCCAACUUGGCCUAUAAAUAUACAAAACCCAACUCUCUUUUCUAUCUCCUUCAUUCAACCAACCAAUCCCCAUCUCUCCCAGCCUCCAAAUUUUCUCUCUCAUUUUCUUUUCCCUGAAAAUCAAUAAUGGACCUCCCAACAUUUCAUCAAUCUUCAUGGCCUUUUCUGUUCACCUCUCCCUUUCUCCUCCCCUAUAGCUUCAUCCCUGAAAACUAUGUCCACUGGACUGAAACCCCUGAAUCUCACAUCUACUCGGCUGACCUCCCUGGUGUGAGGAAAGAGGAGAUAAGAGUGGAAGUUGAGGACUCCAAGUGCCUCAUAAUCCGAACCGCGGCGGCCGAUGAAUCGACAAAGCCGGCAAGGAGCUUCUUGAAAAAAUUUCGACUACCUGGGAUGAUUGACGUGAACGGGAUCUCAGCCGGGUACGAAGAUGGCGUGCUAACGGUAACAGUGCCAAGGUCUUUUGCGAGGAGGGGAUUCUAUAUUGAACCGGCUGACUUGCCGGACCGGGUUGAAGUUUUGGCUAGGGCUGCUUGAUUUUAAAACAUUGGCCUUAAUGUUGUAGGGUUUAAGGGCUCCUAGAUUUUGAAACAUUGGCCUUUAAUGUUGUAGGGUUUAAUUUGAUUUGAUUUUAAUUAGAAAGUGUAGGCAUUGGUGGUGGAUGAAUUCAUUUGGGGAUUUUUGCUUCUUGAUUUUAUUCUACAAAUUGUUGAAUCCAAAUGAAUGAUGACUUGCUAUGCUAUGUUUGGUUAAGUAUAUUCCAAGUUAUCUUUUAUUUGUAUAUGUCUUUCCAAUCAUCUUUCAUUGUGAUGUUUGAUCAUGUGUAAAAGGGUGUAAUUUUGUU